AUGCGCGCUUUUACAAGAUUGGGUGCGUCGGUGUUUGCGAUGGUCCUAUCGUUAAUGACCAUCUUGGCUUUAUUACCUCAAUCGAGAUACACCGAACAUUUGAGGAAGAUUGGGAUAGGAGGGACGAGUAUUAAUGAUGUGACGGAUGGUUUGUGGGAUUGGGCAAGUGGAGAUGAUGAUGGAGGGGAUGGGGAAGAAGGAGGUGUGAGAUUGGUGGUUUUUGGAGAUAGUUGGGUUGAUGAUACGAUGAAGAGAAUGGGGAUGGAAAGGCUCUCGUGUAUUUCAAAAAUCAAUCUAGCAGUAUCCCAACCCGCAUCUUCAUACCCAUCAUCACCACCCACUGGUGCCUUUUCAUCGAACAAAGUCUACCUUUCUUCCAUCGAAAAUACCGCAGGUCAAAAUAACAACGAAACGAAAAUUACCCCCGAAUCUAUGCUCCCUGAUCUUGAAGCUCAAGUAAAAUCCUUCAUCGCCCUUCCUCUGCCAAAAAAGAAACUCAAGGAAACAAUCUUCGUCAUCUCAUUUGGCACGUGGGAUGUAUGGCAUUAUGCAUCUCUCGAUUAUAACAAAGCUCAAGAGGCCCAAAAAAAAGCUGUCGCAGAAAUGUUCGCACAACUCGAUAAUUUAUACGCACAUCAUAGGGAAACUUUGGAAGUUGCUCACGUUGUCGAAAAACCACAUAACGAAUCGCAUGUUGUGCCCAAACCACAAUUUAGAAUCGUCAUUCAAAAACUUUUCGAUCCUACAAUGUUGCCUGGUUGGAUCAGUCAAAGACCUAUUCCAUUGAAACCUAGUUCUGUGUCGGAACACCAGAAAAAUGCUGUUUCGUUGGUGAGAGAUUGGGAUAAUAGUGUGGAAAACUUUAUCAAGCCUUGGUUUGCUAGCACACCAGAAGCCACCACUACUUCUGAAUGGGCUGAACCAGCACCAGUACCAGAAGAACACGGAUCUGGAGAUGCGGUUCCAGAAACAUUCGACCAGAACGAUGGACAGCAAUCGCAAUCGCAGGAAAAGCGAGAGUCGGAAAGCGUUGUUGAGGCGGAAAAUAAACCGGAUAUUCCUCCACCACAGAAAGAUAUCUAUUACUAUGAUCUUAAUAGAUUCCUCACGGAAAUUAUUAUAGAACAUCAAUUGGAAGAUGAAGGAUUAUCUGAUGCGAGUGGACUCGGUACAAAAGAAAGUCCAUAUGUUUCCGUAUAUGAUCCUUGUGUACGAGCGGGAGAUGACAGGACGAGCAAGAAAAGAGGACCUGGGGAGAAGCGAAAAUCGGGAAAUAUCAAUAAGAGAAGUGAGAAGAGAGGAGAAAUGAAAGAUACGAGGGCAUUACCAGAUAUUAAUGGAUUACUCGUCUGUGACCAACCGGAUGAGUAUCUUUUUUGGGAUGAUUUUAAUAUGGGGGGACAGGCGAAAGGAGACGGUGGGGGAAGGAGAUUGCGAAGAUGA